CAUAACAAUUCACAUGUUAAUAUAUUUGUAGGGAACACGGAUACAAUUGAGUGUGCCAAACAAACUAACCAAAAUGUUUGGAAACAAACUUAAAGAAGGUUUGGUUUAUCAAAUAAUGAAUUUCAUGGUCAAGAGAAAUGGUACGAAGUGGAAGGUGACAGAUCAUGUGCAUCGUCUUGAACUCACGCCAAAAACCAUGAUUUCGGAAGUAUUUCCAAAGUGUUUUCCAAACUAUAAGUUCUCAUUCAAAUCAUUUGAGGAUAUUUCUUCAAUUCAGACUACUGAUUCAGUAGGAAUGUUUGAUGUUAUUGGAGUGAUAGCAGGGAAAGGGUUUGUGAAGAAUGACUCCGAGUCAAAAAUGGUUGAAUUAAAGUUGGAGGAUCAAAACCACAAUCAAAUCUACUGCACUCUAUGGGAGGACUAUGUUGAUAUGUUCCUCAAUCAAGCUGAUGCUGCAGACACAAGGGUUCAGAUUAUUAUUAUUCAGCUUUGUCGCCCUAACUUUUAUCGUGGUGAGAUGCGAGCAUGCACAUCUUACAAUGCUUCUCAGAUUUUUCUAAAUUCUGAUAUUCCCGAAAUAGAAGAUUUUAGGAAGCAGAUCAUUGGGAAUCAGUCAUUUUCAGCCAGGCUUGAAUUAUCAUUUGAAAAAAGUGUUGUUCAAACUGAUGAUUUCUUCAAUGGAAACAUAGUUGUUAAAACGCUCGAUGAUAUUUUCACAGUUGAGGAUGGGGAGCAUUGGAUCUGUGCCAAAAUAGACAAUGUUGACUGUUAUGCACAAUGGUGUUAUAACGCUUGCAGAAAAUGCACAAGAAAAGUGGAAAAGAAAACUGGAAGAUUUUAUUGUGGUAACUGUGACAAAUAUGAUGCAGUAGUUAAUAAGAGGUAUCAACUGAUUUUGAAUGUGGUUGAUUGUACCAAUAAUGCUUCUUUAUUGGUGUGGGAUAAGGAGGCUGUGGCCUUGGUUGGGAAAAAAGCUGUGCAAAUAUCAAUGAAUGACAAAGAGGCAGCUGAUGCCAAGAUUGUUCCAAAGGAGAUUGAUGUAGCUUUGAAUGAACGAGUUGUUAUGUUUAAGAUACAGAUGAGAUCAGAAGCAUCUUUUGUGGAGGAUAAGCCAUACACAGUUACUAAAGUUUGCACUGACCAACUGGUCAUUAAUCAUUUCUGGAAAGAGAACGAUGUUUGUGGGCUUUCUGCGACCCUGGAGGAUUUGUCUGACAAAGGUUAUUUAGAGCAGUGUGAGUCUUUAUCUCAAAUUUCAGAUAUAACAAUGGCUGGAGACCUUGGAAAGGAUUAUGGAGAUGGGAAAAGCACCCCCAUGACUGUUUCACUUGCAGAGUCGCAUGUUUUAUCAAAGAUUUCCCAAAUUACAGAUAUAUCAGCUGCUGAAGAGCUUGGGAAGGAUUAUGGAGAUGGGUUGAGCACCCCCAUGAAUGUUUCACUUGCUGAGGUUUCAAUGUCAGCUUUCGGGAAGGAUGGUGAUGGGAUGAUCACCCCAAAGGGUGAAACAUUAACCCAGAGUGCUGCAUCAUUGAAGAUUAUUAAGGAACCUAAUUGCCAUGAAUUAGUGAAGAGGAAGCUGCUAACUAAGGCUGAUAUUUGUGGGAUGUCUGCAUCUGCAGAGAAUUUGUUUGACAAAGGUUACUUGGAAGAUUGUGAGUCCUUAUCACAUAACACUGAUGUUUCAAUGGCUACAGUUUUUGGGAAGGAUUGUGAAGAUGGGAUGAUCACCCCAAAGAAGGUUACACAGACUGGGAGUGAUGCAUCAUCGAAGAUUAUUAAGGAACCUAAGUGCCAUGAAUCUGUGAAGAGGAAGCUGUUGGAUGAUUUCACAAAUGAAGAAAAUGAUAGGAAGAAGAAGGCGAGAGCUGUGAAAGUGAAGAUUGAAAAGAAUUGACGAAGCAAAUCCUUUUGUUUUUUGAACUGAUCUGUCUAAGGUUCUAAGUAGGAAUGGUCAUCUUAACUGUUAUUUCUAUUACAAACUCUAUGUUGCAGUACUUUUGUUAUGUUAGUUUUGGUUUGAUUGCAAAUAUUGAUGCUUACUUGAGUAAGCAUCAUAUAAUUUGCAGUCAAUAGAUUUAGAUGACCUUAUGUAUGAAUCUAGCAGUUUGUGUUGGUAGUAAUUAUUUUGUUUAAUCUGCA